AUGCAACAGAUUCAACACAUAGCGUGCGUGGGUGCUGGAUAUGUUGGUGGGCCAACAUGUGCUAUGAUCGCUUACAAAUGUCCAGAGAUACGAGUCACUGUUGUGGAUAUGAACGCGGAAAAGAUCAAACAAUGGAAUUCAGAUCAUUUGCCUAUUUUUGAGCCAGAUCUUGAUGAAAUUGUGAAAUCAUGUCGUGGAAAGAAUCUCUUUUUCUCCGACGAUAUACCGUCAGCAAUACGAAAUGCCCAACUUAUUUUCAUGUCCGUUAAUACACCAACAAAAACAUAUGGAAAAGGAAAAGGUAUGGCACCCGACCUAAAAUACGUGGAAUCUGUUUCACGUGCCAUAGCAGAAUAUUCUUGUGGUCCGAAAAUUAUUGUUGAAAAAAGUACGGUGCCUGUAAAAGCUGCUGAAAGUAUCAGUGCCAUAUUGAAUGAAGCACAGAAGAAAAAUCCUCAACUUUCCUUUCAGGUAUUAUCGAAUCCAGAGUUUUUAUCAGAAGGAACAGCAAUAAACAAUUUAGCAAAUCCAGAUCGUGUUUUAAUAGGCGGAGAGAGUUCUCCAGAUGGUUUGGCAGCUAUGGCUCAACUGAUACAAAUUUACGAGCAUUGGGUACCACGGGAGAGAAUUAUAACUACUAAUACUUGGUCUUCAGAGCUAUCGAAAUUGGCAACGAAUGCAUUCCUUGCACAGCGAAUUUCAAGCAUAAAUGCAAUAUCUGCGAUCUGUGAAGCAACUGGUGCUGAUAUACGGGAAGUUUCUUAUGCAAUUGGUCGAGAUACUCGUAUUGGGAAUCAAUUUCUUCAGGCUAGUGUUGGCUUUGGAGGUAGCUGUUUUCAGAAAGAUGUUUUAAGCCUUGUUUAUCUCGCCGGAUCCUUGAAUCUUCACAAAGUGGCUGAUUAUUGGUUGCAAGUUGUCGAAAUCAAUAAUUGGCAAAGGAGACGUUUUGCUGAUAAAAUCAUUUCUGAAAUGUUUAAUACAGUAUCAAAUAAGAGAAUCGCCAUAUUUGGUUUUGCUUUCAAGAAAAAUACUGCUGACACGAGAGAAUCCUCAGCUAUUCACAUAGUAAAGUAUUUGCUUGAUGAGGAUGCUAAACUGGUUGUAUACGAUCCGAAGGUACCAGAAUCACAAAUGCGUUAUGAACUAAAUCAGAUUUCCUCUAAAGAAACUGUUGAGAGACUGUUCACAUUCUCGAAGAAUCCAUACGAAGCAGCGAUGAAUUCACAUGCUAUAGUUGUGCUUACUGAAUGGGACGAGUUCAAAAGUUAUGACUAUCGAUAUAUUUUCAACUCGAUGGCGCAGCCGGCAUCAAUAUUUGAUGGCCGGCUCAUUCUGGAUCACAACAAAUUGCGCGAGAUUGGUUUUAAUGUAUCCGCAAUUGGGAUCGCUUCAUCACAGUCAUGCAAGAAUUGCUACAAAUAA